GCUCGGCUGUCCACAUCAGGCGCCUGACCGGCUGACAUCGCGAACUCCCCGUUGGCUCCUGCGCACGGGGUCACGAUAUCGUGCGGUGCGCCUCUCGUCCGCUCCUGAUUCCUGUCGCUUGAGGCUGUGUCCGCUCACCUCCUCGUCCUCUCGGGAGGUCCAAGGGAUGUUCUCUUGGCUCGACUGUGGCUACCACUGGCUGCUGCAGACAUGCUACGGGCCUUAGCCAUGAACCAGUGAUCGACGGCGGAAUUGUUGGUUCACGCCCAUGGGAAAUAAUGUCAGCAACCCCCGGUUAAUACGCCGCCGAAUCAAACGCUGGGCUUCAGCUUCGAGACGCAGGACUUAUGUACCCUACGCUUUGCCACAAACCGAGUCGUAUCCGAUUUACCUCCGCCAGACGGAGUCCUAUCCAAUCAUUACCGAGGCGUAUUCGAGACAGACAGAAGUCUAUCCCAGACCAAUCGUAUCCGAGCAGGACAGCGCACCCCUUGCAAGAUCUGAACCUAACAAGCCAUUGUCAUCCUUCGACCUGGCCAUCGACAGCAAGGACUUUGACUAUGGCAACCAAAGGACGGGCUACGCGGGCUACUAGAAUCUAUACAGAUCUCGUUGUUUAUAAGUUUAAGGAUAUACGCGUCCAUAUACUCGGAUAGUAGAUACAAAUGCUUUCCACUUGUUUAUUUAUUUAUAUUAAGCUAAGUUAUGAUGAAUAAAACUAUUGAAAAGUC